AUGCAAGUCAAUUUUAUGACUUUUAUUACCCACGUGGACCUAGACCGUGCUUCAACUGUGGAGUACCUGGUCAUACAUUUGAGGUCUGUCCGGGUCCCAGAAGAGAAGUCUGUAACGUAUGCUACAAAUCAAAAUAAGUCAGGACCAGUCAUCACAGAAAUUUUUGAGGAAGAUGCAGGUCAACAAAUUCAAAAAAAACGCAUAGAGGUAGCACGCAAGUUUCCCACGUGCUCACCAGAACAGAAUAUAGUACAGGGAAACAAAUUUCACAAUUCUGAAAUCGAUACCCGUCUGGAUUCACCCAUCCGUGGGCCAGAAAGGGGCAAAGCAAACAAUGUGGUUGUUUCAGACAAUUGUAAAAUUGACACCCGUCUGGAUAAACCCACUGCAGGGCCAGAAAGGGAUGAAACAAACAAUGUGCUUGUUUCAGACAAUAUUGAAAUUGAUACCCGUCUGGAUCCACCCACUUGUGGGCCAGGAAGGGGCAAAGCAACCAAUCUGUUUGAUUCUGACUCUGAAGACAAUAUACAAGAAAAACUUCGUGUCACACCACCUUGUUCAGAGGAGGUGCUGAGAUUAAUAGCACUAUUAGAAAAUCCUCCAUCGGAUUUGUCUCACGAUUUUCUCGAUCCUCGCAUAUUUGCCUUGGAACAACAUCCUGAUGACAAUUCAGAGCCAGAACAAGCAUCAGACUCUGAGUGGGAAGAUGAAGUCGAAACACUCUGUGAACCAGCAGUACCUGAACCAGCAGUAACUACAAACAUCAAUAAGCCAUCACAAGCUUCGAAACAUCCAAAAAACUUUCCAGACUGGAAAAUCUUGGAGGAUCAUCUUUAUUACAGAAGACCCGAUCCCCUUAAGGAGAUCCUGGGUGACGAGGAAGAGUGGAAAAAGCGUCUUGAUGAGCUCAGACACAAAAUAGAAUCGGUUAUGAGAAAAGAAAAUGAGCGACAAGAGAAAUACCACGGUACUGAUCUAAAGAUCCCGGAGGUCUCUGUCGGUGACAAAGUAUACUAUCCUAAUCGCAAAUUAAGCAAUAAAGCGGCGGGGUACAGCGCGAGUCUUGGGGUUAAAUAUUUAGGGCCGGCGUUUAUCUCUAAGAUAAUUAGUCCGUUAGUCGUUGAACUAAAAAAUGAACGCGGUAAAUUAUUAGGCCAACAUUAUAUACCCGACUUAAAGCUGCCGCGUCGUAGCGAUCGAGUGAUGUGGAGAAUCUCCCAGGAGAUUAAGAACCAGAGAGAGGGUCGGCAGCGGCCAGAAGCGGCUCAGGUUAACACCGGAGGAGUGAGACCUGGAAUUAAUUCCGGGGCCGUUCAGCGUGCUUUCCUCGCAGAGCUGCCGUCAGAGGCGGCAUCGACACCCCGGACGUCUGCCUUGAUGAGGCUGGGGCCGUUAGUGCCUAGCUAUGAUCCAGCCCCAGCAAUCCUGAUACCCUCGGUCUAUGAUCGAUUGGGGGCUCUCCGGAUUGGAGAUGAACCAAAAGAUACAGAGGAUGGCAAACACCCCGCGCAAGGCCGAGCAAGGUCCAGGCGAGCUAAUCGACGCCACGGAAGAGGAGAUCAGGUCUGUACUGAGAUCUCUAAAUGGUGUGGACUUAACGGGAACCAGAACAGGUUGAACAGACGCAGAGCCAAGUUCAACCUGUUGCUGGAAAACCCUGCCACGCCUAAAAACAUCUUGAGGAAAGCCUGGAGGAGGGCCCUCACGAAGAAGGAAAGGCAAAUGCUCAAAGAGCUGAGGCCGUUGGAGCUCUUGACAUUUGGGGUCCGGACUGUUCGUGAGCAGGCGGAGACGGAGACGUCUCUUACACCAGUCCGGGUCUCCAUUCCGUUAUCGUCCAUAACGACACCACCACCUGUGUCUACUCCAGGUCUCGGUGCACUUCCCAUAACGCCAAGACCACCUGAGGCUGUACCAGGACCUUCCUCCAGACCAGACGUACCCGUGAGACCCACAGUUGAGAUCAGAGGUAGUGGUAGUAUACCCGGACGCGCCAUUGAUGUGUCCAAGGGGGCCACGCCGUCUCAACCGACAUCAACAAGAACAGGAGAUGGUAAUAAACCCGGACGCGUCUCUGAUGUGUCCAAGGGGGCCAUCCCUCGUCGACCACCAACUACAACGAACCCGCCUACGAAGUCGACCACGUACGUGAAGACCAGGGUCUUCACGAGGUCCCAGCCGUCAUCAGCUACACCCAGAAGAAGCUCCACCUUUCUGGCACCCGUUCCAGCUCGUAUAACACCAGCGACAAUGGCCAGGUCCAUACCCAUGGAGUUGGAGGAAGCUGCAGCACUCCCUACUGGGAGUCGACACGCUGCUGACACUCAGGCAGCCUCAACAUCCACCUUCAAGGUUCCUGAAUGUCCACCCCAUCUCUCGCCAGCCUUCGCCGAAUACCGGGCCGGUUUGUAUAAGUUGGCUCUGGAACGGGCUGCCAAGACAGGAGUAAUGGAGACUGGCAUCCCGCGAGGCGAGAAGACGCCAGAGCUGGACCCGUCAACUGCUCCUGUCCGUCGAAAGAACAAGAAGAAGAAGAAGAGGAAGAAGGGUGAGCUGAGAGGGCCCAAUUGGGCAGAGAUGGACUACUACGGGGGCAGUGCUCUCCCCAUCUCCGAGGACUCCGGGAUCGGAGGCGAUAGGACGUUCGGUGAGGACAGCGACGACGACGUCCUGGAACUGGACCACGACGAAGACUUGUAG